GUCAGUAAACAAGUUACUUCUCGGUUAACGUCUCAUCGUCUCUUUCCGCCGUUAUAAACUAUCUAGCUAUAAGCUACUUUAGCUAGCUAACCAGCUAAACUUAUAACGAAACAAUCGAGAGAUUCCUCCAAUCUGUCAAUUGAACUCGAGUUUUGGUAGUAUUUGAUAGCAGUCAAACUAUCAUUCGGUAUUGGUGAGAUGACAGAUCAGAAAGAAUACAAUACUACGAAUCUGAUCAAGCUAGCGAGUGUUCUGCUGCUAGCUAAAAGACCCAGCUGAAAGUGUUUACGUGACGUUUGAUGACGUAACGAUCCAAUAACCUGAAAAUCGACCGAAUGCGCAUCUGCAAGCUCUACAGUAGGCUACAUGUUGCAUAUAAGAGAGGCAGUUACCCUGUUAACUUGUCGCAGAUGCAGGUGAUCCAGCACCCCGCAGAGACACUUCGCACAGCACUGGUGUCCAGCCGCUGUGACCUGACUGAUCGCUACCAUAAGUACAGUCGAGAAGAGCGGAGGCUCCUGGAGGAGUGUCUCUGUCUGGGGGAUGGGUCCUUGUUCCGGCCCAUCACUGUGCACUCUGUCUCGGACUGGAUCCACUCGCACCCAGAGGAGCCACAGGACUUCCAGAGUUUCUAUAGCAACCCCUACCCCAGCAAACCCAUCAAGGGUCACAGUACUAUCUACUUACAGAUCAUCGGCUCCUUUAGGGAGGCAGAGGCUGAGACAGGCCAGUACGUGAGGUGGUUGAGGGACUACUGCCAGGCCUUCUAUUAUUGGCUGGUGGUUAAGCUGUUGCCUCCAGUGACCGUUGCUGCCACAGGCUGUGCCUUCAGGGUCAACAGCAGUUCACACAACCUACAGAUCCACGCAGGGGAUUUGCUGUGGUUUCUUCAGAAGAGCAAACCGUAAGAUGCCUUCGGCAUCAUGGGCAUCACCAUGAUAGAUCUCUACCCCAAAGAUUCCUGGAACUUUGUGUUUGGAAAGGCCUCUCUCACUGAAGGAAUGGGAGUUUUCAGCUUUGCCAGGUACGACGACAACUUCUACUGCAGGAGUUAGUGUAUCAGGCCUUGUCGGGGAGACUACUCUGUGUUUAAGGGCUACUACAGCACUCCUAUCACGAGGUCUUAUCCCCUACAUUUAUGCCUAUCCCUCCUCUGUGUUUGGUUCCAGAUGGUCACCCAUGAGAUAGAGCACAUAUUCGGGGUGAAAUACUGCCAGUGGAUGCAGUGUGUCAUACAGGGUUCCAACCACCUGGAGCACUCAGACCGCGGGCCCCUGGACCUUUGCCUGGUCUGCCAUCGGAUUCAAAAUGGCUGACAGAUACAAGGUAAGCACGUAAUUUGCAUCGACUUUGAUUCACUGUAUUCUGUAGCCUGGUUGCCAGUCUAUUUCCCAUACUACAGUGUAAUGGGGUGACUCUGGAGUGGCUACAGUGCCUUCGGAAAGUAUUCAGACCCCUUGACUUUUUCCACAGUUACAGCUUUAUUCUA